CUGCUUCUCCCACUCCAAUCCAAACACGAGAAUCGACCACAAUGCCUCGAUUCGCACAGAUUUUCACCGCGGCGCUGGCCGCCGUGAGCACCGUCUCCGCAGGCGCUGUUAUCGAUCUGACGCCCAAGAACUUCGACAAGGAAAUCCUCAAGUCGGGCAAGCCAGCACUCGUCGAGUUCUUUGCGCCAUGGUGCGGUCACUGCAAGAGUCUUGCGCCUGUCUACGAGGAAUUGGCUGCCAGCUUCGAGGGAGCCAAGGACAAGGUCAUUAUUGCGAAGGUUGACGCCGAUGAGCACAAAGAGCUGGGCAAGAAGUACGAGAUUCAGGGCUUCCCUACAUUGAAAUGGUUCGAUGGAACGGGCAAGUCGAAGCCUGAGGACUACAAGAGUGGCCGUGAUUUGGACAGCCUUACUGCAUUCAUCACUGAGAAGACCGGAGCCAAGCCAAAGAAGUCGAAGACUGCGGCUAGCCAGGUGGAAUACCUUACCGACUCCUCGUUUGAGGACAAGAUUGGCAAGGACCAGGAAGCCAUUGUCGCCUUCACUGCUCCAUGGUGCGGACACUGCAAGACCCUCGCUCCUACCUGGGAGAAGGUCGCAGCUGACUUCGCUAGCGAGGACAACGUUCUCGUUGGCAAGGUCGAUUGCGAGGCACCAAACGCCAAGGCCACCGCUGAGAAGUACGGCGUCAAGUCAUAUCCAACCAUUCUCUAUUUCCCUAAGGGCUCCACCGAAUCGCAGCCAUACAGCGGUGGCCGCAGCGAGGAGGAUCUGGUUUCGUUCUUGAACGAGAAAGCCGGCACUUUCCGCGCACCAGGUGGUACCCUCAACGCUCUUGCUGGGGUCAUCCCAUCUCUCGAAUCCACUGUCGCCAGCCUCCAAACCGGUGGUGAGGCAGCAUACAACGAGCUGGUCAAGCAGGCCGGCAAGCUCCAGGGCAAGUAUGCCGAGUACUACGCCAAGGUGGCAAAGAAGCUCCAAGAGAACACCGAAUACGCGCAGAAGGAAUCGACGAGACUCACAAACCUCAUCACCAAGGGCGGUCUCGCACCGGAGAAGUUGGACGAUUUGACCAGCAGGAAGAACAUUUUGAGCGUCUUCUUGGGCAAGACUGCCGAGGGCGCAGAGAGUGUCAAGGAGGCUGCUGAGAGCGCCAAGUCGGAGCUGUAGACGUGCAGACUGUAUGACUUUGUGGUAUGCGUACAACAACAGCAAAGUAGACUAGGUUGCUCACGCACACAGUCUCGUCUGUGAUGCGAAGCAAAUCUAGAUAUCAUGACUUGAAUGACAGCACAUUCUUGAUUUGGCAGGUCCCUCCACGAGACAGCCACAGUAGUUGAGUGGAUUCGAAAGUUCUUUGCUCGACAACAGUCGCAUACUUCCUGGCGGUUCGACGCGCGACCUGGAGGCCACCACGUACUGUAAAGUUCCAGUCGCUGCUGC